GAAAAAAUAUUGGGGUCGGCCAAUCAGAGGCUGCGAUGGGGGCGGAGCUCCUUCCAGCUCGGGUGGGAAAACAAAGUGUCUGCAGGCGAACUGAAAACAAAACGAUCCAGUCAACUUUAACUUAACUCACCUGUCAGCUCAGACCCUGAACAGACUCCGUCUGUCUCCAGGUUGUUGUUGCCAUGGACGACGUGAGCCGCCUGGUGUCGACCGGAGACUGUGUGAAGAUCUGGGAUGCGGUUUCCAUGGCGCCGCUGGAGCAGUUUAACCCGCACAGCGUCAGCCACCCGGUGGCCCAGGCCUGCUGGAGCUCCAACAACCAGUACCUGGUGACGUCCAGCAGCAGCGGAGACAAGCUGGUGGUCUCCAGCCUCAAGUCGACUCCGGUGCCACUGGUGGAUCUGGCCGAGGGGAAAAAGCAGACGCGAGUGAGUCUGAGCUCGUCGUCUCAGUUCCUGGUGAGCGGAGGUCUGGACCACUGCGUCCACCUGUGGGACCUGAAGACCAAGAGGCUGCACCGCUCCCUCAAGGACCACAGAGAAGAGGUCACCUGCGUGACCUUCAACGCAAACGACAGCUACGUGGCGUCGGGCUCCACCAGCGGCGACCUGGUCCUCCACAGUCUCACCACCAACCUGUCGAGCAGAGCCUUCGGCCACGGCAGCAACCAGCCCGUCCAUGACCUGAGGCUGUCCACGCUGCGGCGCUCCCUGCUGGGCAGCGUGUCGGACAGCGGCACCGUGGUGCUGUGGGACUCGAACACCCAGAAGGAGCUGCAUGUGUUCGACGGUGCUCACAAGGCGCCGGGCUCCGGCCUCGCCUUCUCCCCCGCCAGCGAGCUGCUGGUGGUCAGCGUCGGUCUGGACAAGAAGAUCGUCUGCUACGACACGGCCAGCAAGAUCGUCCUGAGGUCGAUCCGGGUGGACGGCCCCCUGACAUCGGUGGACUUCACCCUGGACGGUACCGGUCUGGUGGUGGGGUCCACACAGGGGAAGAUCUACCAGUACGACCUGAGAAACUCCAGCGCCCCCACCAGGGUCACGGUGGCCCACAAGACCUCCGUCACCUGCCUCCGCUUCCAGAGCGCCACCAGACUCAAGUCCAGUAAAAUGGGCUCCACCAAGAUCUCCAGCACUAAAAGAUCCUCAACCAGAUCGUCCAGCAGCCAGCCAGACCCCGCCCCCGGCUCAGGCCCCGCCCCCCACAGACAGGUGACAGGUCCAGCAGGGGUCGCUGUGGCAGACGGGAUGACCCGCGAGGCCGAGGGUCAAAAGGGGGCGGAGCCGCCGAUCAGCAGCGUCGGACGAAACAGUCUGGACGUCUUCUCUCCCGCACGGGACGAGCCGAGAACGCAGACGACAAGCGCAGAGAUGCCGUUCGGCAGAACUCACGUAACCAGUCUGGAGCUGCUGUCCAGAGAAGGGGAGGGGCAGCAGGUCGUGGGUCGGGCCAGUCUGGACAUCUUCUCCCCCGUCAGAGAAGACUCUCUCUCAGGGGCCCUCACUCAUCGUAAGACCCCCCUGGGGACGCCCCUGGUGGCCUCUGCAGGGAGGUGCUACAGCCCGCUGUCCGUCUUCCAGACGCCACCGCCCAUCAAGGAGGAAGAGCCAAUCAGUGCUGCCGCUGCUGAACCGUGUGACUCCAGGAAGUCUGACAAGGCGAGCAGUUCCAGCCUGGAGGGGGAGGUUCCGACCACGCCCCCAACAUCCCAGCAGACCAAUCACAGCCAGCCAGCACCGCCCUUCUUCACUCCAGAGCCCAGCAUCCGGAGACCCAAUGGCUUCCAAGCUCAGCUGAGCUACAACUCGCCUGCGCACGGAGCUCCGCCCACUGCAGCAGCAGGCGCUGCUCUGUCGGCGGCCGCGUCCUCGACUUUGUCCCAGGACAUCGCAGAGGUGGUGGGACAGGGAGGAGCUGCUCCUCUCACCUCGCUCCAGAUCCACUUCAUCCAGAACAUGAUCCACGAAACGCUGGAGGACUUCAGAGACGCCUGCCACAGAGACGUCGUCAACCUGCAGGUCGAGAUGGUUCGACAGUUUUACAUCCAGCUGAACGAGAUCCACGGUCUGAUCGAGAAGUAUUCUGUGAACGAGUCUCUGGUGGAGGAGGUGGAGAAGCUGAGGGAAGAGAACCGCCGGCUGAAGACCAACUACUGAGCUGAGGGGUCAGGUGGAGGUGAGGACAGGAAGAGGACGAGCUGAAGCACGGACGUGUGUGUGUGUGACAGAUUAUUGAUGAAUCCUUGAACUGAAAUGAUGAAAUGUUGAAAUGAAUUUUCUCUUGUAAUUUACGUGUAAAUGUAUAAAUCCUCAGCUUCCUGGUUCAAUGUUUGACUGGAUCAUGUUUUUAUUAAAAAGAAAAACUGAAGAAUAAUAAAAAAAGAUUCAUAUGAAACAUGA